CAAAUAGGUAAGUGUAACAGACAGGUGUAAGUAACAGUGUAACCGCAGAGGGUCAGGUACAGGUGAGAUAUAUUAAGUUAAGGACUCAGUGUGACAUGGAGGAAGGGCCUGGCUAACCCUUGCACAUUAAUAUUAUUAUUGCUGUUUGGAGAGGAAAGCUCCAAAACCAAAGUGUUCUGUUUUCUGAGUUACAGACAUGGCAGUAACUCCUCCUGUCCCGGGGUCCUCCUCCGAUUCUGCAGGGAGGAGCGCCUGGAGGCUCACAGGUGUAUGUGCUGCAGUAAAGCGUCCACAGCUGCAGGGGGUGCUGACGUUUAAUCUGUGAACUGCAGCAGGAACUGACCGAAGAAUGAAAACAGGAAAGGAAGUUUGAAGUCAGCUGGAAAUUUGGUUGUAAAGAAUUUUGAGUGGUGAAGAUAAAAAUGAGUAAAUUCAAGACAAAAUCAGAUUUUCAUUUUGUUUCCAACAUUCAGACCUCAGCGUGAGGGUGUGACUGUGGGCCCUGAGUGUGGUCUGACAUGAGGUGUGCUGCAUCUUUUUCUUUUUUUUUUUGCAUCUGUUAGAUCUGCCCUGGACCUGUGAGGUGGAUGAAGCUGUGCAGGUCUCCAGUGAGCGUGAAGGAGAAUCAUUCUCGGAGCAGACGGACACCUGCCUGCCCGCCUGCCUCUCUCCUCUUACGGCUUUUUUGGAAAUAAGGAGCUUCGCAUCGGGAACCCGCCGCCUCUCAGCCCGCUCAGAGCGCACCCAACGCGGCUGCGGGACGGCCGCGGGGGUCGCUGUCACGCCUGGAUGCGCAGAUGGAUGGACGAUGAAUGGAUGGACGGCUCUCGUGUCUCACCUUGGGAGCAAAGUUCAGUAUGCAAUGCCUGACCCUUGACCUCUGACCUCUCUGAGAGACCCCUUGAGGAGGAAACGAGUUCUGAGGAGAGAUGGAAGGUGGAGGAAACAAGGAGAGCCGAGGAGAAGAGCCUGAAACCUCCUCCGGGCUUGGGAGAGUCUCACGGAGAGGAGGAGGAGAAGCCUGCAGACAAAAUGGCCUGAUCAACACGCACAGGCUGGGGGCGGAGCCUCGGGAGGUGCUACUGUCAGUGUACUCUGCUCCUCAGUAUCAGGGUCACGUGGUGGUGAGCACCUCCCCUCAGCAGGAGCACAGCAGGGGUCCUCCCCAGCUUCUGAACCCCAGCACUCUCCUGCCCCAGCAUGGGGUGCCAGACCCUCGCCUCAGGCCGGCCCCCGGCCUCUUCCUGUGCCCGGAGAGUGUCCUGCGGGCCUGGGGGGAGGCCGGGGGAGGCGACUGCUGUGAGACCACCUUCAUAGAGGGACUUGGACCAGAAGCCUCCUCUUCUUCUGCUGCCGCCGUCUCCACAAAGGAGGUGCUGCUGUUUGCUGAUGGGAAGUAUCUGGAGUUUUCUGGUGAGGAGGCAAAGAUUCACACACUGUCCUAUGACAUCGACGACGAUGACGACUUCCAGGAGCUCGAGAGCGAUUACUCCAGCGAAUCAGAGAGCGAGGACGCCUUCCUGCUGAUGCCUCCCAGAGAUCACCUGGGCCUCAGCGUCUUCUCCAUGCUCUGCUGCUUCUGGCCGCUCGGCAUCGCCGCCUUCUACCUGUCACACGAGACCAACAAGGCAGUUUCCAAAGGAGACUUUCACCUGGCCAGCUCCAGCUCCAGGCGGGCUCUCUUCCUCGCUGUCCUGUCAAUUACCAUCGGGACAGGUAUCUAUGUGGGCGUGGCCGUGGCGCUCAUCGCCUACCUCUCCAAGAAUCACCACUGGUAGCCUAAGAUCACAGAGUGAACCCUCACCUUCCCCUGGAGUUCAGCUCCCCAGUGAGUGUUUUCAGCAUGUUGGCCGUCAUCUCGAACUGGAGAACUUCCUGUGAGCGCACGAUGGCGUCGGACACCCCGCUGUGCUGUUCUGAAGGGCCAAUCGGAUCCAGCAGCAUUUUUUAAAGCUUCUGCUGGCGUUAGUUUCUUUAAAAGAACAUUUUUGGUGUGAUUACUCUCAUUUCCAUCAUCCAAACUGCACUGAAUCAUCACUUUAACUGUAUCUGCAUGAAAAGUUCUUCAUUACUGUUGGAGGACAUGAAUCAAAAAGCUCGAAUAAACCCUGGAGGUGAUGUUAACGUUCAGGGUGUAACAGUUUCUCUCAUAGGAAGUUUUUAAUGUCCACAUCAGAUGUUCAGCCGGAAUAAAAGGAGGAGGAGUUUAAAGGAAUACCAUCAGCAGCACUAAUAAGCAUUUGUGUUAUUUAUAUCCUGCUCUGUGGGCCAUCAGCUUACCUGAUUUAGCUCUGGACGUUACCUGUUGGCAAACACGGCCUCCAUUUAACACUUGUGAGACUUUUUUGGAUGUAAAUGUAAAUUUACUCUCUUCACACUUAAACAAAGACAUAAAAAAUGGGACCAAACUGUAACAUGAUCUACAGUGAUGAUAAACACAAGGAGAGUGUGAAGGGAGAGAUGACCACACACCUGUGCUCAGGUGGACUCGGGUGAAUGUGUGAAAGUGGACUGGCUGCGUCCUGUUUGCAUAUCAGGACAGACACAAAGACUUUUUAUUUAUUUAUUUAUAUUUUUGGACAAACUCUGGACUUGUUCAUGUGAUAAAAGAGACACUGCUGAACUCUAUCAGCUGAUCCGAUGACAUUGACCUCAUCGUGUGUCCUUUUGGCUUUAAACCAACACAGAAACACCAACAACCCACCAGCUGGUACGCCGGUGUCGAGGGUAGAGACACAUCUUUCAUCUGUCAUGGUCUCUGCAGGUUUAGCAUCUGGAGGUCAGGCUGGGACUUCAUUUAACAUCUGUGUACAGUUUGGUUAUGAAAUUUGGACAUACAUUCAUUUAUUAUUCUUUCUUAUUGUCUGUUAUGUUUUUAAGCCUCUUUGAAAGUCUACAGACUUCUGGUCCAGAAUCAGGACAUCUCAGUGAAAACUGAAUAUUCAGCAGAAACCUUAAAAGACUUUGGAAGUGUUGUAAUCAUGGUUCUAAUGCAGGACCCUGUUUGGUGGCUGUGUAAGACAGGUACUCGGGUCCUCGUCUACAGGUGAGCACCGGGAAACGAAUUGUCAUAGUCAUGUGUGGACAUUCAGAAAAUGUUAUGUAAGACUAUCGGUGCGGGAACGUUGGGAGGUUUUUUCCGGGGUGUUUCUGAUGUUCACGUUUGUCUGGAUGUCCAACUACAGAUUUUUGUCUAGAACUUUUAUUCUUUUGUUCAUCCACAGAUCUGAUUGUGAUUUUUGGGCUGGCCUCUCUUCUACACCCUUGGUACUGCAGGUCCAGUUUGAUGGUGGACUUUAAACGAAAAACAAAAAUCCUUUGAGUGAUAUGGGAACAUAUAUGAGUCUUUAGAUGUCCACUGAUGUCCACUGAUGUGUAAAUGUACUGUGGAUUCUACAUCUGUGUCAAACUUAAUUCAGAGGUUUUAAAACAUCCACUCAAGUUUCAUUUUGAGGGCAUCAAUCCGGGAUUGUUAUUGAAAGUCUUUAAGUCUCAGUCUCCGUGGUGCAGACCACAUUUAUCUUUUGGCAAACAAAACCUUGUGUCUAUCUCUUUGGUCCUGAUCUUUGUUGGACACAAUGUCCAUUCACAAUUUUUGCUGAAGGCCUUCAGAAAUCCAAGAGUCUCAAAACUGAUGUUGAAUCUCCACCAACAUCUGAAACCAGUCUGGUGUUUGCAUGUCUGCCCACUCCUUUUUAGGAAGUCCACCCAGGUCCACCCAGGUCCUAUACUGAAGGCUGUACAUGUCCAAAACAAGCUGACUGCUCGUGGUGAUCCUUCAUAGAGAAAAUGUUAAACCAGGGGUGGGCAACUCCAGACCUCGA